CAAGUUGAAAUCGCACAUUUCAAGGGCAGUUUCUAGUGUCUGCUCUGCCCUGAUUACCACGCGAGCACUAUGAUGAACAUGCUGUGCAGAGUUGGCCAGGUUCGCAGGUGUGCAGCUGGCCUCAGCCUACCUAUGAGCCAGGUAGCUGCAUCAAAGCAGAAGCACACGCUCCCGGACCUGACCUACGACUAUGGGGCCCUGGAGCCCAACAUCAAUGCAGAGAUAAUGCAGCUGCACCACAGCAAGCAUCAUGCCACAUAUGUCAACAACCUCAACGUCACAGAGGAGAAAUAUCAGGAGGCACUAGCGAAGGGAGAUGUGACUGCUCAGAUUGCCCUCCAGCCAGCUCUGAAGUUUAAUGGUGGAGGACACAUAAAUCACACUAUUUUCUGGACAAACCUCUCCCCAAAUAGUGGAGGCGAGCCACAGGGUGAGCUGAUGGUGGCCAUUCGGCGGGACUUUGGCUCUUUCCAGAAGCUGAAGGAGAAGAUGUCUGCAGCUACUGUGGCGGUGCAGGGCUCUGGCUGGGGCUGGCUGGGCUACGAGAAGGAGAGUGGAAGACUUCGUGUUGCUGCUUGUGCGAACCAGGAUCCCCUGCAUGGAACUACAGGUCUCAUCCCCCUCCUUGGUAUCGAUGUAUGGGAGCAUGCCUACUACCUUCAGUACAAGAAUGUGCGGCCGGACUAUGUGAAGGCUAUCUGGAAUGUCAUCAACUGGGAGAAUGUGAGCGAGCGUCUCCAGUCUGCCAAAAAGUAGAACCUGGUCUUCAAAUAGUCCCGUUCAUCCUCACCUGGGUUACAUCGAGGUUGCAAAUGUUCAGUUUAUCGUUGCAUGGAGCACUUGAGUGAUGGUGUUUUUUGUAAUCAGAUUUAGGACCGUUUGACCUUUCAUAUAAUCAGCUACAUUAAAGUUGAUUAAAUUGAACUUUAAAAUAUUUCCUACGUCGGUCCAGAUAAUGUUGCCUUCAAGGCAAAUUUAAAGCCCUGCACACACAGUUUAAAGCAAACUUUAAAAAUGAUUUGCAAGUGCUUCUUUAGCUCCGCUCUGCUCCUCACAAAUCGGCCUUCUAUCACAUCGUGGCUGGCUAUUAUUAAUUUCAACUUAAUAAUGGCUGCCAAUUGUGUGAACUAUGUGUAACCAGAGUGUGUAUUCAGGAUGUUUGUCAGAAUGAGUUUCUCUAAAGCCAGACAUGUUUUUGCAGUCCAUGCUUUUGAUGUAUUAUAAUAAAUAUAUAUUUAAAUUGGA